ACCACCAAAAUUCAAUACGGGCUUUCUCGCCGGCCGUUUUAAAGGGACCGAAAAAGUUAAAAAGGGGGAAGAAAAUAAAAAAUAAAGAGGAAAUAAAUCUGAUCGUGAUCGGAGGUUGCAGACGGCGAUGGGGCGGGCAGGAAUGGCGUUGAGCCCGUCGGCGGUUGUAGCGCUCGACCUCAAAGAUGCCAGAAGCUGGUGGGACCACGUCAAUGAGUCUCCUCUCUGGCAAGACCGUAUCUUCCACGCACUCGCUAUUCUCUACGGAUUCGUCGCCGCCGUUGCUCUUGUACAACUUAUUCGCAUUCAAAUGAGAGUGCCCGAGUAUGGUUGGACCACUCAGAAAGUUUUCCAUUUUCUUAAUUUCUUGGUGAAUGGAGUUCGUUCUUUGGUAUUUGCUUUUCGUCGGGACAUCCAAAAGUUGCACCCUGAGAUUAUGCAACAUGUUUUGCUUGAUAUGCCAAGUCUUGCGUUCUUCACAACCUAUGCAUUGUUAGUGUUGUUCUGGGCUGAAAUAUACUAUCAGGCACGAGCUGUAUCUACUGAUGGGCUCAGGCCUACUUUCUUCACAAUUAAUGGUGUUGUUUAUGCUAUCCAGAUACUUUUGUGGUUGGUUUUAUGGUGGAAGCCUAUGCCAGUUUUGGUCAUAUUGUCUAAAAUGUUCUUUGCAGGUGUUUCCUUAUUUGCGGCCCUGGGCUUUUUACUUUAUGGUGGAAGGCUUUUCCUGAUGCUGCAGCGGUUUCCUGUUGAAUCAAAAGGAAGACAAAAGAAGCUACAGGAGGUUGGCUAUGUCACAACAAUUUGCUUUUCGUGCUUCCUCAUUAGAUGCAUAAUGAUGUGCUUCGAUGCAUUUGACGAAGCAGCGGAUCUAGAGGUUUUAGAGCAUCCUAUUUUAAAUUUAGUGUAUUACUUGUUGGUGGAGAUAUUGCCAUCUUCCCUUGUCCUUUUCAUAUUGAGGAAGUUGCCUCCAAAGCGCGGAAUCACCCAGUACCACCCUAUUCGCUGACAGGUUGGACGGUGAGGUGAUUAAUGAUGAAACGGGGUGAGAUAAUAGACUGGACUUGGCCUUUUAUGAUGCCUAUCUUACUUGGAAUGGAUUGGAUUGCCUUUUAUGAUGCCUAUCUUACUUGGAAUGGAUUGGAUUUAAGCGCAAUCGAUCCAACACUAUGCUCUAAGCUGCCAAUUUGUAGAUCCAUUUCAAGUUAUGUUCAUUUUUGUAUGUUUGACUUGUUUAAUAUUCUCCCCACGUGAGGAAACAAAAAAAAAAAAGAAGAUAAAGAAGGAAGAUAAUUGCUCCUGUUGCUUUAGCUGUAUCGUUCAUUGUUCUCUGCAGUCUUUUAUCUAAUCAAAGUUUGUAUAGUGGAUUGAUUAUAUUCUUUUCAUCAAGGAUGUCACUUUCCUUCUUGUCUACUUGCUAUCACAGGAUCAUUUCUACUCUACUUUGUGUAUGUUUAUCCAAUUGUUUUACCUUGAAUGAAGUAUACAAGGUGGAUUGCUGAA